UCCAAUGGUAUUUUUCCCUCGGCCAUGGCCGCCUAUAAAUGCCCCCAAACCUUGCCCGAGUCUUCGUCAAUUCCACACUCUCCACCCGACUUUUCAACCGAAACUACUUUUCUCACAACGAUGUCACCAGGCAGCGGAACCUGCAUCAAAAUCCGCCACAUUGUUCGAGUCCGGCAAAUGCUUUUACGGUGGCGAAAGAAGGCAUCUGCGACGGGGUCUAGAUCUUCUUCGUCGGAUGUGACCGCCGGACAUGUGGCCGUGUACGUAGGCGCCAGGAGGAGGAGGUUCGUCGUGCGGACGACGUACCUUAACCACCCGAUCUUCAAGAAGUUUCUGGUGGAAGCGGAAGAGGAAUACGGCUUCUGCACUCAAGGUCCGUUGACGAUCCCCUGCGACGAGUCGCUCUUCGAAGAGGCCCUGCGAGCCAUGUCCGGAUACCCGACCCGAUUCAUGAGCCUCGAUGAUUUGCAGAAGCGUUGCCACGUGGAUGCCUUCAGUAAUUUCGAUUUUGUUGGAGGAGAAUCUCGGCCGUUGCUUCACGACGCGCCGAUCUGUUGAAGCAUCUUUCCGUUCUCCGCGACUUUGUGGCUCUGCACUUUGGGGUUUAGCUUGCGAUUGAUUAACCAACUAUUUUUUUUUUAAAAAAAGGGAUUAUUUUGUAACUUUUCCCCUUGUAGUUUUAUAUGUUUAGGGAGUUUGUUGUACAUGCUAGCAGUUGGCAAGUGCAAACCAUGGUGUUCAGGCUUUGCAGUGCUUUUUUUUUUUUUUUGAAGAACGACAAUUGAAGAGCAUGUAAAAAAAUUAAUGUGAAAUAAACAUAUUUGAAUUAUAAAUUCUCUAA